CAUCAAGAGCUGGUUUGCAAACCGCCAAUGAAUCUCAGAAGAAGGACUCCGUUCGAUGUUCAUCAUGAGAGAGCAGGUGGAUGUGAUCUACGCUGGAGAACAGCAGAUGCUGCAGACACCAGUGAAGAUUAAAGUGAAACAGGAGGAGAUAAAAAGAGAAAUCACAGCAGAGAAAAAACAGAGAGAUGAAGAUGAUGAUGAUCAAACCUCCACAGAGUCUCUGACUUCUGUCUGUAACACUGGAGAACAGCAGAUGCUGGAGAUACCAGUGAAGAUUGAAGUGAAGCUGGAGGAGAUAAAAAGAGAAAUCACAGCAGAGGAAGAUGAUGAUAAUUUUAUUCCUUCCGAGCUGAUUGAAGUCAAAGAGGAAAGUCAAGAGCUGAAUGAAGUGGAGGAGAAACUUCAGUAUCAGAAACAUGAUUUCUCAACUGGAAAAGAAUCUUUGAGUUGCUCAAAGACUAAGAAGAAUGUAUCACCAAAAAAGCCUCAAAGAAGAGCAGCAAAAAAUACUUUCACCUGCUCACAGUGUGGAAAGAGUUUCCCAUAUAAAAGCUGGCUUCAUAGACACCUGAGAGUUCAUGCUGGAGAGAAACCUUACACGUGCCAUCAGUGUGAAAAAAGUUUCACUAUUAAAGGAAACCUUAAUGCACACAUGAAAACUCACACAGGAGAGAAGCCUUACACGUGCCAUCAGUGUGGAAAAGGUUUUAAAUGUAAAAAAUAUCUUAAGGUGCACACAAGAGUUCACACUGGAGAGAAGCGUUUCUCAUGCCAUCAGUGUGGAAAAAGUUUUCUUCAAAAAGAGCAGCUUAAUAUACACAUGAGAAUUCAUACAGGAGAGAGGCCUUACAUGUGCCAUCAGUGUGGGAAAAGUUUUGCUUCUGCUGUCCGUCUCAAAGAUCAUCUCCGCUGUCACUCUGGAGAAAGGUCAUUUGAAUGUGAUAAAUGUGGUAAAACUUUUGUUUUGAAUUCAGGCCUAAAACGACAUAUGAAAACUCACACAAAUGAGAAGCCUUACAAGUGUUCUUUUUGUGGAAAGAGUUUUGUACACCUGUUCUAUUUUAAAGAGCACCAGAAAAUGCAUACUGGCGUGAGGGAUCAUGUGUGCUUUGAAUGUGGGAAGACCUUUAUUAGAGCCAGCAUAUUGAAACAGCACCAAAGAAUUCAUACUGGAGAAAAACCUUACAAGUGCUCACACUGUGGAAAGAGUUUCACUUGGCAAAUAAGCUUGAAAGCACAUGAGAGAAUCCAUACGGGAGAGAAACCAUACCACUGCUCUUCAUGUGGGAAGAGUUUUAACCAAUCAGGUCACCUACAGAAACACAUGAGACUUAACACAGGAGAGAGGCCUUAUGCAUGCCAUCGGUGUGGAAAGAGUUUAAUACAGAAAGCACAUGUUAAUAAAAACAUGAGAAUUCACACAGGAGAGAAACCAUUUGAAUGUGAUCAGUGUGGUAAAACAUUUGUUGAGGAUUCAGGCCUAAAAGGACAUCUGAAAAACACGCAAAUGAGAAGCAUUUCUUUUUGUGGAAAGAGUUUUGCAGACCUGUCCUAUUUGAAAGAAUGCCACAAAAUAAAUACUGGAGUAAGUAGCUGCACAUGGUUUCCUCUGACUUGUCAUGGAGUGGGCCAGAGAACAUGA